AUGGGCAGAGCAGAACUUCUAGAAGGGAAGAUGGGCACCCAGGAUCCCUCUGAUCCGUGGAGCAGACCAGACGAAGACGUUGAGCUGCUCCAGGACUUGGGGUGGUACCAUGGCAACCUCACACGCCACGCCGCCGAGGCACUUCUCUUGUCCAAUGGAUGUGACGGGAGCUACCUGCUGAGGGACAGCAAUGAGCAGAGCGGCCUGUACUCGCUCUCUGUGAGAGCCAAAGACUCUGUCAAGCACUUUCAUGUUGAGCAUACUGGAUAUUCAUUUAAAUUUGGCUUUAAUGAAUACUCGUCUUUGAAGGAUUUUGUCAAGCAUUUUGCAAAUCAGCCUCUGAUUGGUAGCGAGACAGGCAAUCUGAUUGUUCUGAAACAUCCUUAUCCAAGGAAAGUGGAAGAACCUUCCAUUUACGAAUCCGUCCGGGUUCACACAGCAAUGCAAACAGGAAGAACGGAAAGUGACCUUGUACCUACUGCACCUUCCCUGGGCACCAAAGAAGGCUACCUCACCAAGCAGGGCGGCCUGGUGAAGACCUGGAAAACAAGAUGGUUCACUUUACACAGGAACGAACUGAAGUACUUCAAAGACCAGAUGUCAUCAGACCCAAUUCGGAUCCUAGACCUAAAGGAAUGUUCAGCUGUACAAUUUGAUUAUUCACAGGAAAGGGUAAACUGUUUUUGCUUAGUGUUUCCAUUCAGGACGUUUUAUCUGUGUGCAAAGACAGGAGUGGAAGCGGAUGAAUGGAUCAAGAUACUACGCUGGAAGCUGUCACAAAUCAGAAAACAGCUCGACCAAAGAGAUGGUACCAUUCGCUCUCGGUCCUUCAUCUUUAAAUAGAGCUUUCUCGCCAAGGACUG